UCCAAACCCGAUUUUUCUUACUUCCUUCUUCUUCUCUCAAAUCGGCGACGAGAUAACCGACGAAGAUGGACGACGAAGGUGAUCAAUUCGAGUGGAGAGAGGAAAGAGUGGGACGAUACGAAGAGAUAAGUGAUACGAAAGUGAAAUUCAAUGCCUACAAUGGUGGAUACUGGGUAAAGAAUCAUAAAGGUGACAUUGCUUAUCUGGAAGGUUCAGAACCAUUAACUAUAACAUGUAAUCCGGAAGAGUUCUUUGUUAAGUUGUCGAGUGAGUUUAGAGGAGAAUGGAUUUAUGGGCAGAUGCUUUGGUAUAAGUUUCCAUUUGAGGAACAUAAGGAGCGGAAGAGUUUGUGUACUUCAGAUAUGAGUUUUACAAGGAUGUGUGAUGCGGCCAGCUAGGUUGGAGUUGUUGAUAUAUUUAUGGUGAAGUCGGGUGAGCAUCCUCAUGAGGUGGAGAUUACUGAGCCCUGUGAUGCAGAGAUUCAAGUUGAGAGGAAUGUAGCCAGUUUUGUUGAUGAAGACCCAAAUUUUGACUACCAUGACACACCUCCAAACUUUGAUGAUGAAGGUUGUGGAGAGAAGUUUGUAAGAUUAAAAAAAGGUAGUGGUCAGCUGCAGUUCAAACAAGUGUUUGACACUCUAAAAGAUUUCAAAGAGUGUUUGAUAGAUUAUGCCUUGAAGGGAGGAUACAACAUUAAGCUUGAUAGAUGGGGGAAAGAAAAAAAUGGAGUUGUUUGUUCAAUGGAUGGUUGUCAUUGGAGGUGUUACUGUUCGUUUCAUAACCCCAUUGGGAAGUGGGUUGUGAAGACAUAUGAAGAUGAUCACAAUUUCACUCCUGAUGGAUAUUGUAGGCUACUAAAGUCAGGUGUGGUUGCCAAGAUGUUCAUGGAUGAGAUAAGGACUAAUCUUGAUUAUUCACCGAAGACUAUACAAUAUGAGGUCCAAAAGAGGUUUAAUAUAAUGAUCACCCCUGAUGUAUGCAAGAAGGCAAAGAAAAAAGUAAUAGAAAUGAUUCACCGUGACCAUUUAGAGCAGUUCUCUAGGCUCAGAGAUUACAAAGAUGCAAUCCUUGCGACUAAUCCUAACUCCACUGUGGAGUUAGACACUAUCAUUGGUGAUGAUGGAUCAGAACUAUUCCGAAGGUUCUAUGUAUGUUUUGAUGUGAUCUGCAAGUUAUGGUCAAUGUGGUGUCGACCCAUAUUUGGUAUAAAUGGCUGUUUUCUCAAGUCUACAUUUAAAGGGCAAUUGUUAGCUUCUGUUGGAAGGGACGCAAUAUGA